AUGACAUCCACUCCACUUCAAGUGAGUAUUUUAAAACAGGCAAACUUUAAUCAAGCAAGUUAUCCACCAGUUUAUGCAACACUUCCCUUAUCUUCGAGUGAAUGGGUCAAUCUUAGCAAUCUCGUUAAUUUAGAAACCUUUCAAUCAUUAGAUGACAGAAUUGGAUGUCCUGAUUGUGCGGAUGGUGGAGCAGAAUGGGUGCAAAUCAACUGGGCUAAUGGAAGUAAACGGGUGACAUUCGAAAAUGAAAAAACAGUCAAAGGCAUCGAAAAGCUCAUCGUAAAAUUACGCCAAAUGAGACAAGCUUAUUUAAGUGAAAUGUGA